CCAUUGGCCGCAGGUGGCCACAUUGACUUGGGAGCGCUCAUGCAAAUACUUGCAGCCGAGUUUUUGCUCUCAGGCGGUGGAUGUUGACGGUGAGGGUGGGGAGAUGUCAGGGCGGAAUGUUGCAGAGUUGCCUUCCAGCGCUUAAAGAAAGAGACUCUGGGCGUCAAACUUUAGUUGCAAGACUUCUGUUGUUGCAAGCCCCGCUGCGAAUGGUCCCGGGCACAGACUGCGGCGAGCGUGAAUGGGAACCAUGUCUGAAAUGUCAAGCUUUCUACAUGUCGGGGAUAUCGUGUCCCUUUACUCCGAAGGCUCGGUCAAUGGCUUCAUCAGCACGCUGGGGUUGGUGGAUGAUAGAUGCGUCAUAGAGCCAGGAGCUGGAGACCUAGAAAAUCCCCCCAAAAAAUUUAGAGAUUGCCUUUUCAAAGUAUGUCCCAUGAACCGUUAUUCAGCUCAAAAACAAUACUGGAAAGCAAAGCAAGCCAAGCAGGACCAAGAAAACUUUGCAGACAUUGCAUUGUUGCAAAAGCUUCAGCAUGCUGCAGUGCUGGAACAGAAACAGAAUGAAACGGAAAAUAAGAAAGUACACGGAGAGGUGAUAAAAUAUGGCACUGUGGUGCAGCUGCUGCAUAUGAAAAGCAACAAAUACCUGACGGUGAACAAAAGGCUACCAGCCCUUCUCGAGAAAAAUGCAAUGAGAGUGACACUGGACGCCACAGGGAACGAAGGCUCUUGGCUUUUCAUUCAACCCUUUUGGAAGUUACGGAGCAAUGGAGACAGUGUGGUGGUUGGAGACAAGGUGGUGUUGAAUCCAGUCAAUGCUGGACAGCCGUUACAUGCCAGCAAUUACGAGCUGCUUGACAAUGCAGGAUGCCAGGAGGUAAAUUCUGUGAAUUGCAACUCAAGCUGGAAGAUAAACCUCUUCAUGAAGUACAAUGACUAUUUGGAGGAUGCUUUGAAAGGGGGCGACGUGGUGAGGCUGUUUCAUGCCGAACAAGAGAAGUUUCUCACCUGCGACGAAUACAAAUCCAAGCUGCACGUCUUCCUGCGAACAACACUGCGCCAAUCCGCCACUUCUGCAACAAGCUCCAAUGCUCUCUGGGAAGUUGAGGUUGUCCACCAUGACCCUUGUAGAAGCGGUGCUGGUCAUUGGAACAGUCUCUUCAGGUUCAAGCAUUUAGCGACAGGCCACUACCUGGCUGCUGAGGAAAACGCAACAUACAAAGGAGAUGUCUCUGAUUCAAAAGUUGCGGUGGAACAUAAAGUAGCAAGUCGGAUCAGCAAGAGAAGAGGAGGGGACAAGAUCCGAUACAGACUCGUGGCUGUACCACACGGAAAUGAUAUCUCAAGUCUGUUCGAGCAAGACCCGACAACUCUACAAAAAACGGAUUCAUUUGUUCCCAGGAAUUCGUUUGUGAGAUUGCGGCACCUGUGCACCAAUACAUGGAUUCAAAGCACAAAUAUCCCCAUUGAUGCCGAUGAAGAGAGACCAAUAAGGCUCAUGCUUGGAACAUGCCCCAGCAAGGAAGAUAAAGAAGCUUUUGCUAUCGUGUCUGUCCCAGUUUCAGAAAUUCGAGAUUUGGAUUUUGCAAACGAUGCCAGCAAAAUUCUGGGAACAAUUGUUGAGAAACUGGAGCAAGGGACCUUGAACCACAACGAUCGAAGGUUUGCAAUUAAAUUAUUGGAAGAUCUUGUAUUCUUUGUUGUGGACGUUCCCAACAAUGGUCAGAAUGUUGUGGACGUCGUUAUGACAAAACUCAACAGAGAACGGCAAAAGCUGAUGCGAGAACAAAACAUACUGGAACAGAUAUUUGGAAUCCUAAAGGUUCCGUUUGCAGAUAAAGGGGAAGGGCCUUUGUUAAAUUUGGAGGAGCUGGCGGAUCAGAAGAACGCACCGUAUCUGUACAUGUUCCGCCUCUGCUACCGAGUGCUGCGGCACUCUCAGGAUGACUACAGGAAAAACCAGGAACACAUAGCCAAGCAGUUUGGGGUGAUGCAGUCCCAGAUUGGUUAUGACAUUUUGGCUGAAGACACAAUUACAGCUCUGCUUCACAACAACAGAAAAUUAUUGGAACAACACAUCACGAAGACAGAGAUUGAAACCUUCGUCACACUAGUGAGGAAGAACAGAGAAGCUCGAUUUUUAGAUUAUUUGUCCGAUCUCUGCGUGUCAAAUCAUGUGGCCAUUCCAGUGACCCAGGAACUAAUCUGCAAAUGUGUACUGGAUCCGAAGAAUGAAGACAUUCUGAUCAAAACUGCCUUGAGGCCAGUGAAGGAGAUGUCGCAGUCUCCGGAUUACAUGAGUCUGGAGUACUUUGAAGAUGAAGUUUGGCUCAUCUGGACAGACAAGAUGAAUGAAGUUCAGGAGAAGGGCAUCAGGCAACUUGCUCAGGAAGCAAGAGCGGGUAACGUCCAUGAUCAAAAUAUCCUGACGUAUUACAGGUACCAGCUGAAGCUUUUUGCAAUGAUUUGUCUGGAUCGGCAGUAUUUGGCAAUCGGUGAGAUUUCCAAACAGCUGAGCGUGGAACUGAUAUUUCUGUGCAUGGCAGAUGAGACUCUGCCCUUCGAUAUCCGCGCUUCCUUCUGCAAUCUGAUGUUACACGUGCAUGUCAUCAGGGACCCCCAGGAACUGGUGACGUCAGUAAAAUUUGCUCGUCUGUGGACCGAAAUACCAACAUCAAUCACCAUCAAAGAUUAUGACUCAAAUCUGAAUGACUCAAGGGCGGACAUGAAGAACAAAUUUGCGGCAACGAUGGAGUUUAUGGAAGACUACCUCAAUACUGUGGUGAACGAUGCACUUCCAUUUUCUGAUGAAGAGAAAAAUAAGCUCACAUAUGAGGUGGUAAGCUUGGCCAGACAUCUGAUUUAUUUUGGUUUCUAUAGCUUCCAUGACCUCUUGAGGCUGACCAGAACACUGCUUGGUAUUAUCGAUUGUAUUCAAGAUCCCAGUGUUACUGAUGGGAUGUACCAGGAAGAGAGUACUGGAAAAAGUAUGAAGAAGUCCAUCCAUGGCGUUGGACACAUUGUCUCCACCAUGGUCCUAAGCAGAAAACAAUCUCUCUUUCAACCUGCUGCACCUCCCAGUCCCGAACAGCCAGUGAAGCCAAAGGAUAUUCCAGACAGUAAAAACAUCACUGUUAUGGAUACAAAACUGAAAAUCUUGGAGAUUUUACAGUUCAUUCUUAAUGUCAGGUUGGACUUCAGAAUCUCAUACCUGCUGUCCGAAUUCAAAAAGAAAUUUUCUGGCAAUGAACCUGACCCAGAAAACCCAAGUGAAAGUUCUGCCAACCCAUUCAUGGAGUCGUCAGUCCCAACAAUAAACCUGGAUUUUAUUGGUGACCAAGCAGAAUUAAUGUUUGUGUUUGGUAAGGGCAACAGUACCCUGGAGGUGGAUGACGAGGGGGGCACCAUGUUACUACGAGUGCUCAUUCACCUGACCAUGCACGAUUACCCACCACUCGUCUCCGGCUCACUGCAGCUCCUCUUCAAACAUUUCAGUCAAAGGCAGGAGCUGCUUGCCACCUUUAAACAGGUCCAACUUCUGAUAUCGCCUCAAGAUGUGGAGAACUAUAAAGUCAUCAAAUCUGAUUUGGAUCGUCUGCGCACAAUGGUUGAAAAGUCGGAGCUGUGGGUCAUCAAGAAGAACAGAGUAGGAACUGAGGGCAAGAAGCCAAAAUCAGAGGAGACUGGUGAUGAUGCUACUACUCUGCCCAAGACAACAGGAGGGAAAAAUUGUGAGAAUUAUCAAGAAGUAAAAGAGAUUUUGGAGCGUCUGAAUCGAAUGUGCGGCGUUGGUGAACAAGUUAGGAGAAAACAGCAGAGGUUGCUGAAAAAUAUGGGCGCUCAUAAAGUAAUGCUGGAUCUUCUUCAGGUACCUUAUGACAAGACUGAUGUAAAAAUGUGUGAGAUUUUGAAGUACACACACCAGUUCCUUCAGAAGUUCUGUGCUGGAAGUCCUGAGAAUCAAACUCUGCUCUACAAACACUUGAACCUCUUCUUAACAUCCGGACUCCUGGAGGCAGAGACUAUGCAGCACAUCUUCAUGAACAACUACCAGCUGUGCUCGGAGAUUAGCGAAACGGUCCUGCAGCACUUUGUGCACUGCUCGGCGACUCAUGGCCGCCAUGUCAAGUACCUCGAGUUCCUGCACACCAUCAUCAUAGCUGAGGGGAAGUACGUGAAGAAGUGCCAAGACAUGGUGAUGACAGAGCUGACCAGUGCGGGAGAUGAUGUUGUGGUGUUCUACAAUGACAAGGCUUCUUUUGCGACCAUGUUGGAAAUGAUGAAUGCGGCCAGAGAUGGCGUGGAAGAGAACAGCCCUCUUGCGUAUCACAUCUCACUGGUGGAGUUGCUUGCAGCCUGUGCCGAGGGCAAGAACGUUUACACUGAAAUCAAAUGUACAUCCCUGCUGCCUUUGGAGGACAUUGUACGAGUGGUCACGCAUGAAGAUUGCAUCACAGAGGUGAAAAUAGCCUAUGUCAACUUUGUGAAUCAUUGUUACGUGGACACAGAAGUGGAAAUGAAGGAGAUUUACACAAGCAACCACAUCUGGAAACUUUUUGAGAACUUCACUGUAGAUAUAGCACUGGUUUGUAAUAAAAGAGAGAAGAGGGUUUCAGACACGGUUCUGGAGAAAUAUGUGGUCAACGUUGCCAUGGAUACCAUGAGUUCAUUCUUCACUUCUCCAUUCUCUGAAAACAGCACAUCACUGCAGACACACCAGUCCAUUGUAGUGCAGCUACUGCAGUCUACAUGCCGACUUCUAGAUUGCUCAUGGCUACAACAACAGCAAAAGCCUUCCGUGGAAAACUGCAUUCGGACGUUAGCCAUGAUGGCAAAGAGCCGUUCGAUACACCUUCCGAUGGACCUGGAUGCUCAGGCAGGCAACCUGUUGAACAGCCAGUCACUGACAUUGCAGAGAAAUGCGCCAAGCUUUAAGGCAAACACGCGCUCGUUCCCUCGUUCGGGAGGCCCGCCGCAGCAGUGGGACUACAAGAACAUCAUUGAAAAGCUACAGGAUAUUAUUAUAACUCUGGAAGACCGACUGCAACCACUGGUGGAAGCUGAGCUCUCUGUUCUCGUUGAUGUCAUGCAUAGGCCAGAGCUGUUGUUCGCAGAAGGAACGGAAGCCAGGGAUCGGUGUGAAAGUGGGAAAUUUAUCUCUAAGCUAAUCGAACAUACUAAGAACCUGAUGUCAACAGAAGAAAAGCUCUGCAUUAAAGUUCUUCGUAUCCUUCAAGAAAUGUUGGUCAAAAAGUGCAGCUUUGGAGAUCGGGGAAAUGAAUUGAGAAAAACUCUUCUGAACAACUACCUGUAUAACAAGAAGACAAAUUCAAAAAACGACUGCACUGAUCUUUGCUUCACAGAUCCCGACAAGCCUCAGGACUGGAGCACCAUAGCUCUGAUCCAGUGUCGUCUCGACCGAGAAGGAGCCACAAAACUGGUGUCAGAUCUCAUCAUAAACUCCAAUGGUGACAAGAUUUUCCAGGAGAGUGUUUUAUUGGCCAUUGCUCUGCUGGAUGGAGGAAACACUGAAAUUCAGAAUUCUUUCCAUGCGCUUAUGACUGGUGACAGAAAAUCAGAGAAGUUUUUUAAGGUACUUAAUAAUCGGAUCAAGACGGCUCAGCAAGAAAUCAAAGCCACCGUCUCGGUCAACAUGAAUGACCAGGGAAGCAAAAUAACAAAGGACACACAGGACAAAACACAAGGCACCACAGGAGGAAAAGAUGUCCAUUUUUUGCUGGAAACUGCUCAUAACAGAUCACAGAUGAACAAGUCAGCAGGUAUCGAACCCGGGCUGAAGGAAGCUGAAAUAAGUCCAGCGGUAGCAAUAAUGCAACCUAUUCUACGGUUUCUACAGCUCCUGUGUGAAAACCAUAACUGCAACCUUCAGAACCUGCUCCGCUGUCAAAACAACAAGACAAGUUACAACUUAGUUUGUCAGACGCUGCAGUUUCUGGAUAUCAUGUGUGGAAGCACGACGGGAGGUCUGGGGUUGCUUGGACUGUACAUCAAUGAGAACAACGUGCACCUUAUUAAUCAGACACUCGAGACACUAACAGAGUAUUGUCAGGGUCCUUGCAAUGAAAACCAGACCUGCAUUGUAGCGCACGAGUGCAAUGGCAUAGACAUUAUUACGGCACUGAUACUGAACGAUAUCAGCCCACUCUGCAAGUACAGGAUGGAUCUGGUGCUGCAGUUAAAGGAUAAUGCUUCAAAGCUUUUACUUGGACUUAUGGAAAGUAGGUAUGACACUGAAAGCGCAGAGAGAAUCCUCUUCAAUAUGAGGCCCCAAGAACUGGUUGACGUUAUACAGAAAGCCUACAACCAAGAAAAAGAAUGUGAGAAUUCCGAGGUUUCCCCAAGAAAUGUGGGACAUAAUAUUUAUAUCUUAGCGUUGCAGUUGUCCCGCCACAACAGACAGCUGCAGCAGUUGUUGAAGCCAAUCAAACGUGUGCAGGAGGAGGUGGAAGAAGGCAUUUCGAAGCUCAUGCUCAAUAAUAUGCAAAUGCUGAAAUCUGGCAAUCAGGUUCCUCAAGAGGAGGAAGAUCCUUUGACCUACUACUCAAAGCACACGGCACAGAUAGAGAUUAUUCGGAAUGAUCGCAACAUGGAGCAGAUUGUAUUUCCCAUGCCCACCAUCUGUGAAUAUUUAACCAUCGAGUCCAAGCAGAGGAUCAUCAACACUACAGAACAGGAUGAACAAGGCAGCAAAGUCAGCGACUUCUUUGAAAUGACCAACUUCCUCUACAACGAGAUGAUAUGGCAGAAGAAACUCAGAAGUAUGCCCCUGCUGUACUGGUUCUCCAGGAGAAUGACGCUGUGGGGUAGUAUCUCCUUCAACCUCGCCGUGUUCAUCAACCUUGUCAUUGCCUUUUUCUAUCCAUACGGAGAAGCAACUUCAAUGGGAGCAUUUGAUUCAUCCUUUCUCUCGCUUGUUUUUUGGGGCGUGAUAGGCUUCUCAGUAGUUUCUUUGUUUGCCAAGAGAUAUGGACUCAGACCAUUAAUAAUAGCACUGAUUGUUCGAUCGAUAUAUUACAUUGGAAUAGGCCAUACGUUGCUAACACUGGGAUUACUCAAUCUCAUCAACAAAAUUGUAUAUCUUGUCGGUUUUGUGGGCAACGGUGGCAAAUUUAUCAUUGGAUACAAAGCGAUGAUCAUGGACAUGGAGUUCCUUUAUCACAUUGGAUACAUUGUGACAAGUGUGCUGGGGCUUUUUGUGCAUGAAUUCUUCUAUAGUAUCCUGCUGUUUGACCUGAUCUACAGAGAAGAGACUCUGUUUAACGUCAUAAAAAGUGUUACACGUAAUGGCCGCUCCAUCCUCCUGACGGCCGUGCUUGCUCUCAUCCUUGUCUACCUCUUCUCCAUUGUGGGCUUCCUCUUCCUGAAGGAUGACUUCAUUUUAGAAGUUGACAGGUUACCAAGCAGAAAGUCUUCAGGUCCCUUUGAUCUCAGUGGAAUGGCAAUGAAGGAUUUCAUUAACACAUGUGCUGCGGAUGAUAUUAAUUGCGUUGCAGGCAUUCAGGAGAAUCCACAUCAAGAUGAAGAAGAGAGUGGCAAAGAGCGAGCCUGUGACACUCUUUUGAUGUGUAUAGUAACAGUAUUGAACCACGGUUUACGUAAUGGAGGUGGGGUCGGAGAUAUUCUUAGGCAACCUUCUAAAGAUGAGGCACUGUUCCCUGCACGUGUUAUCUUUGAUCUGCUGUUUUUCUUCAUUGUUAUCAUCAUUGUACUGAACCUGAUCUUUGGCGUUAUUAUUGACACCUUUGCUGAUUUGAGAAGUGAGAAGCAAAAGAAGGAAGAAACCCUCAAGUCGACUUGCUUUAUCUGUGGCCUUGAACGGGAUAAGUUUGACAACAAGACAGUGUCAUUUGAAGAGCACAUUAAAAUUGAACACAAUAUCUGGAAUUAUUUAUACUUCAUUGUGUUGGUUCAUGUGAAGAAAAAGACUGAUUACACCGGGCCAGAAAGCUAUGUUGCUCAAAUGAUAAAGACCAAAAACCUGGAUUGGUUUCCACGCAUGCGCGCCAUGUCCCUGGUCUGUAAUGAAGGGGAAGGAGAACAGAACGAAAUUCGAAAUUUACAGGACAAGCUAUACUUUACAAUGAAGUUGGUAACAGUCCUCACAAAUCAACUUACAGAUCUAAAGGAACAGAUGACAGAACAAAGGAAGCGAAGACAGAGAAUGGGAUUUGUGGAUAUACAAGGCAAUCCAACUAAUGCCAACCAUCAGGUGGCCAAAGCAUGAAAAUUCCAUGGCGUUAUGAUUGGUGUCCACAAUAUCACUGUCUAAGAAUAUUGUGUAUUAUUAACAUCUUGCUCUGCAACAAAAGAAUAACUAAAUGGUAAAUUAUAACCAAAUGAAAUACAUUAUAAUAUUCUGUAGGGCCACAGCAGAGAUGCUAACAUUAAGGAAACUACAUUUUGAAAACUACAUGUGAAUUUAAUACUUUGUAAAUUAAAAAUGAGUUUAGUUCUUGGGGAAGGGAAUUGGUUUGAUCAGGUUUUGGUGAUUAUGUCAGGUGCAAUAUUUUAUGUGACUUAUUACUAUUUUCUUACUGUGGGUUUUAUAUAUUUUGAAAGCUUGUGAUGUACAAAGUUAUUAAUAUCUGUUUUACAUUUUGGUAAAAUUGGAAAACUUGAAGAGAUCUGAUUUGCCUCCCUCGGCAGAGAUACAAUACCACUUUGAAUCUUCCACUACUGUACUAACUUCCUUUCUCGGCUGCUGAGGCAUGUUUUGAAUCAAAAUCAUUAAACUGCAGUUUCUAAACCUGCAAAUUUAAUACUGGA